UGUACCUGGAGGAUGAUGAUGAUGAUGAUGAUGAUGCCUUCCUGGUUCCCUGGUUACCGACCGAGAAGCUUCACCUGGAGAUUCACACACACACUCACACACAUACACACACAGAGGCCGUGAGUGUGUGUACCCCGAGUACAGUGAGUGUACACCCCGAGUACAAUCUUCCUGUAAAUAUAAUAAAAAUGUCAGAUGAAGAUGAUUUUUCUACCACUUUAGCCUACAACUACAAGAAAAGCCCUAAAGUUGCUAGAAAAACAGCUUUUCAACAUGAACUCCACAAGGCAGUUGCUGCCAGAAUGGCAAAGCAGAUUGCAGUUGAAGAAAAUGAUUACCUUAGUGACUUUGACGAUUAUGACGACAACAACGAUGGUGAUGAUGAUGAUAUAUUGAAGAGUUCCAUGAGCACAAAGAAAUGUAAAAGAUCUGGGAAAGCAAGUAGGAAGAAAAACCCUGGAAACAAUUUUAUACUCUCAGAUGAUGAAGAAGAGAAACCCCAAAAAAUCUCCUUCUUGAAAAGCCGAAGAAAGGACAGUCCAAAUGUUUCAGCGGAAUGUGACUACAAUCUACCAUCUUGCCAUAAUUUAGAAGGGAGUAACAAAUGGGAAGAGAAGGGCAGUGAGGAAGAGGAAAAAUUGCCUAAACCUCAACCAAGAAAUCACAGAAUGAAAUCAACUCCAGUUCCAGGAAAUGAAACAACGUGUACUGUGCUGGAUGAAUGUCCCAAACCCAAACCUCGCCAGCGCCGUCUGAAAAUGCAGUGCAGCUCUACACAGGAUGAUGAAUCAGAGAAGUCAUGUUACACUAGAGCCUCGUCAGCCCUUUCAAAACAUUCCUCAGCUAUCAGCAAAACGUUGGUGACCGAGAGGCAAACUUGUACUAGGAGCCCCAGUCCUGAGGAUUCAAGACUGAUCAACUGCCAGUCUAAGACAUCAUUUUUAAAUGUCAGUAGACACACAUCCUCAUCUACUUGCGAGAGACAUGAAGACUCUGUUGAAACAAGGGUGGAUUCUUGUAUAAGAGAUGAAGAUCUUGCGGACAAUGGUGACAAUAGUAAUUCAGAGCUAAGGAGCUACACUCCAAUGGAGCUGAUUAAACGUACUGAAGAACAAGAAACCAUCGAUCCAGAAGAUUUCUCGAAGAAAAAAGAUAACAACGGGGAAAAAGUCAAAGCUAACAUGACUCCACAGGGAGGGAAGAGACAAAAGACAGAAUCGUUUGAAAAAUCAGUACGUAACAGACCUUUAAGUUCUCAAACAAUGAUCUUAAAUAGAUGUUUUGUUGGAAAGGGUCCUCGCCCCAAUUCAGCUGAACCUCGGUACUUAGGAACAUUAAAAAUCUUGGAUAUUAUGUCUCCAGGAAAUGCGACUUCUAACCUUGAAAAUGCAGACACAAUCAGAGCAUCCAUUUAUCAGGAGUGGCUGCAAAAGAAAACACAGCAACUUUAUGAAGCGCACAAAAAUAAGAGACUCAACGAACAGCAAGAAAAGGAGAAGAAACAAAAGGAGAAGAUUGAAGGCAAAGAAGAAGCCAAGGCUUCCUUUGAUGCCUGGAUGGUGAAAAAGGAAAACGUGCUCAAAGAAACCUGCAAAAAAAAGAAAGAGGAAGUGCAGAAAAAAAUUAAAGAAGCAGCAGAAAAGGAAGAGAGAAGAGAAAUAGCAAAGAAGGCAGUGCGAAAUCUUAUUUAAUUUCAUUAAUUCAUUAUUAAGUCUGUUUUAUUUAAUCGAAGAACAGUAACAUUACUUUGCAUACUGUUGAAGAUUGUACCUAACCCCAAAUUGAUUCAGUGGGGGAUAGGCAGCCAGUAGAGCCCUUUUGAGGAUGGAGGUGAUGGGCUGAGGGAGCGCUAAGACAGGAGAGCUUGCUGAUUGGGAAGUUCUGGAGCUUGUGGAGGCUAGAGCUUGGGUUGAUGGUGAGCAGGGCAUUCGAGAAGUCAAGUCUGUUUAAAUCUGCUUGCAGUGUUUUUGCAGGAGUUAAAAUAUACUCAGUUGUCAGUACAGGAACAAUGGAAUAGACCAUUCAGCCCCUCGAGCCUGCUUGGCUCCUGU